AUGCCAGUUGCCCAUGAGUAUACCACUCUGGGAUAUCUAGUGGCUAUUAUUUCUAUUCUGGGCUUCGCAAUAAUGCCCAGAGCAAAAUUCAUUCAAAUGAUGAUUUUCGAUGUUUUGGCCAUUGGCAUCGCGGCAUGUUUUGCCCUGUUGACGAUGUACUCCAGCGUGAAGGCCCGUCAGCAUACAUCUACCAAUGACACUGAUACUUACAACUCCUCUGCAUCUGCAGUGAGUGGUGUAUGGCUCUUCUUCCAAAUUUGGAUGGUUCACACCUUCCGCGCCAAAUACCCGCAACUGCAAUUUCCCGUGAUCAUCUACGCAAUUUUUGCGAAUGUCUCCUCUGUCUAUGCCCCGACAAUGAUGGACAUGGCUUCGGCUAUCAGCUUGGUAGAGCGAAUGUUGAAGGCGUUUCUCACGGGCCUCGGAAUCUCCACGGCGACAUCCAUGUUCAUUCUUCCGAUGACCUCGCGCCAGGCUGUGUUCAAGCAAAUGUCCGGAUACAUCACUGGGCUCCGCUCGGCCUUGACUGCGCACGCUGUCUAUUUCGAGAGCUUGGAAAAAGACGAUAUGUUCGGUCGCGCGGAGACAUUCGACGACGCCCGUGAGAAAUUUGGCAAGAAAGGCAAGGUCUACAGCCCCGAGGCAGAAGCGAUCCGGAGUGCGAUUCGACAGAUUACGGAUGUCCAUGCUAAGCUCCAUGGUGACCUUACCUUCGCUAAGCGUGAGAUUGCUCUGGGCAAAUUGGGACCGGAUGACCUGCAGGCGAUUUUUCGUCACCUUCGCCAGAUCAUGAUCCCUGUUGUUGGUUUGAGCUUCGUGGUCGAUAUCUUCCAGCGACUUUCUGACUAUAAUCGAUGGAACCAGCCCAUCGACAUGAACAUCGAGGUUGUACCGGAAGAUGUGCGACAGCGAGUCGUGCACGAAUGGAAUGACAUCAUGCGGGCAGUUCACGAUCCAUUUGCAAUGAUGAUCAAAACUAUUGAUGAGGGUUUACUGCACACAUCGUAUGUUUUCAGGCUCACAAAGCCCCCCAAGCGCACGAAUGCCGCUAGUUCUGCUACAAAUGACAACGCAAGUGAUGAAAACAAAGAUGUCGAGGCCUCGGCUGAAGACAGUGCUCCCGGUGAGAAGGCAUUUACCGAGCAUUUCGAAAAACAGCUCGGGGAGUUUCGAAGUGCGAAACGUCUUGCGUUACAGACAUGGGCAGAAGAAAAGGGUAUCAAACUACCACCCGACUUCUUUGAUCACCCCACCUCCCCUGAUAUCCUCCAAUCCGAUUUCUUGGAUACAUCGGCUACGCAGAAAGAGCGAAGUCGACGACAGCUGUAUCUGUUUCUAUAUAUGGAGCAAUUGCUAUACUCAACCGGUCAAACAGUUCUAGACUUUGUUCGGUAUGCCAACCACGUUGAGGCUAAGGGAAAGUUGUCAAGAACUCGACUCAUCAUCCCGGGUGGUAAACGCAUCUGGAAGUGGGCGGGAUCCUUUUUGAGUGCGGAGGACGCGCACGACGACGACAACCUAGGUGACAUUCAUACUCAGAACAACAUACUUCAACUUGGUGAGGCAUAUAGGCUUCGCAAAGACCCAGAGCAUCUACCGCCUACAACGCUUUUUCAAAAGUGUGGAGACAAAAUCCGGGUCUUGCCUUGGUUUUUGCGCUCUUUUGAGUCGACCUAUGGAUUCAGAGUUGCGUUGGCGACCAUGACGAUUGCUGUAGUGGCUUUCCUACAUGACACCCAGACCUUCUUCACUCAUCAGCGAUUGGUAUGGGCCAUGAUCAUGGUCAAUCUCAGUAUGUCACCAACUUCAGGCCAGAGUAUCUUCAGUUUUGUGCUGCGAAUUCUUGGAACUACCAUUGCAAUGGUCGCUAGUCUGUUGAUUUGGUACAUCCCUGGUCAAAAGACACCUGGUGUGAUCGUUUUCUUGUUCAUAUUCGUCUCGAUGGGCUUCUACAUUCCCAUCAAGCUCUUCCGGUUCCGAGUAGUGGGUAUGAUCAGCAUCGUCACCACUACCAUGAUCAUUGGCUAUGAGCUUCAGGUCCGAAGGGUUGGAGAGGCAGUGGCAACUUCCAAUGGCCAGCCGUUUUAUCCCAUAUACUUACUGGCACCGUACCGUCUAGCUACGGUUUCAGGUGGUAUAGCCGUUGCAUUUUUCUGGACAUUCUUCCCAUAUCCGAUUUCUGAGCACUCUAUCCUCCGCCAGAGUCUGGGAGCGUCAUUAUAUCUUCUUGCCAAUUACUACUCCAUCAUCCACGAAACAAUCUCCGGUCGCAUGCGUGGGGAUGAGGGCGACUAUCUACUCAAGAGCUCUGCGGGUCGCAAACUUGAAAAGGCUCGGCACAAGGUGUUCUCGAAGCAGAUGCUGAUGCUAGCAGGCCUGCGGACCUAUUCCGAGUUUCUGCGAUGGGAGGUUCCAAUUGGUGGACAAUUUCCCAAAAAGCAGUAUGACUCGAUCAUUCUCUGUGUGGAGAAUAUUGUCAACUAUCUGAGUUUAUUAGGUUACGCAUCCGAUACGCUCAUGAACCUCGGCGACGGGGACGAUGUCUCGGACACCGCUUGGAUGCAUGAUUUCCGACGAUUGGUCGGUACAGCAAAGGUCACAACCCAUGAAGUCACCUCUUUGCUGUGUCUUCUCUCUGCUAGCAUCACCAAUCGACAACCGCUUCCGCCUUAUCUCAAGGCUCCGCGACCGUACAGUUUCACCAAACGGCUAGAGGCACUUGACAGUGACAUUUUAAGUCUUCGGCACAUUGCCGAGCCAGGGUUCGCGGCGUUUGCGGUACUGCAGAUUUCGACGCGGUGUAUUGUCGGGGACGUGGAUCGACUACUCCGACACGUCAAAAGCUUAGUAGGGGAGUUGGAUUUCUCUUUCCACGCCGUGACCACGACAGAAUCCAUGGCUGCUUCUCGUAUGCCCUCUCGAAUGGGGUCGAGAGUCGAUGUCGGUGAAAUACCGCCCUCGAGCCACGGUGAUCGAGACAAGACCGAUUGA